UGAUUAUAGAAAAAAAUAAUAAGAAAAAGGAAACAGUGAAAAUUUCAUUGCCAAGCAAUAUAAAAGGCCCCCCAAUUUUGCAGUCAUUUCCACAAGAAACUCAGGGCCUCAAUAUGGCAUCAUCGAAAGUUACAGAGAGUCACAGAGAGAAUGCUGAGAUUUAUUAUGGCGAAGAUAUUUGCAAGCAAAAAUGUUUAGAGCUGUUAGAGGAGAUCUCUCUUCCCAAAGGCAUCAUACCUGUAGAAAUUGUGGAGUUUGGACGUGACCGAUCAACUGGCUUUGUCUGGAUGAAGCUGAAGAGCAAGAAAGAGCACAAAUUCAAGCGCAUUAAUAAGGUAGUCUCCUAUGAUACUGAGAUCACCUUUUUUGCAGAGAAUGGUCGCGUUAAAAAACUGACAGGCAUCAAGAGUAAGGAGCUGCUUAUUUGGGUCAGCAUUUCUGACAUGUUCAUCGAAGAUCCUUCUUCUGGCAAGAUUUUCUUUGCUGUUCGCAGUGGCGUAAGAGCGCGUUUCCCUAUUUCAGCUUUUGAGCUAGAAGAGGACAAGAAAAACAGUACCGACUCAAAGCAUACAACCUAGGAUUCUCAGAAGUGGUGUGAGACAGGUAUGGAUUUGGGUGGGACAGGUUCCAUAUCUUACUGUACUUUAUAUCUGGUUGCUAUGAAGAUUCUAAGACUUGCAGUCUUUGAUUUUUCAGCAACCAAAGAAGCAUGAAUAAAAUCACUUUAUCUACUUUUGAAUUUAAUUUGA